UUGUUGGGCGACAACAAUAGAAUUGAUCUGGUGAGAUUGACUUGUUUAUAGACAUUUAAGCAUGUGUAUUUGUUGGGAAACAGGACAAUGAUAUCCAGAUCGAAUGGUGUACAAUCUCUCCAAUAAAAUGGGGAUACUGUAAACACCAUUGGAUGCUCUUUUAGGGCGAGUAUUGUGAAAUAGAGGUCAUCGUAACUUUGUGGGAGAAAAAGAUCUAAGCAGGCUACCAAAGUAGGUUAAAAAUUAAAAAAUGACAUAUUUACAGAAUUCAUCACACGAUCACCUGACUUUCUUUAUACAGCGAAAUUCAUAUCAUAGAAAAGCUCACCCGAGAAAUGGGGAUCACAAAAACUGAUAUUUUUUCAACCGGGGGUUCACAUUGCAAUAUCAUCUUUUUCACAGCAUUUUGACAAUUGGGUUCCAAUGCACAUGCUCAGAUCCCCAUCCAAAGGGCUUACUUGGAUGCUGGGGAACAAUUUUUUGGUGGUCAUUGAGAUUAUCAGCUUUUGUGUACCAUAAUUUCAGUACAUUAGUUUUCUCAAAUCAUUUGUUGUCAUUGUUGGAUUAGAGAAUGCUGAAUGACGGGUGUUUUCACUUGCUCCCCUCCAUCCAUCUUUAAUACCAAUUACUAAAAUGGGCUUAAUACAGUCAACUCAUGAAGAAUCAGAAGAAGGAGGAGAACCAGAAGAAGAUGAAGCGGCAGCAGCAGCAGCUGGGUUGCUGCAGCAACAAGAGGGUAAACAAUCAAGGAAGGUUCUAGAGCAGGAGCCUGAGGUGCUUCCUUGUCAUCCUUCUGCGUCUCCAUUGUCUCCUCAGCUAUCAUGCAGUGGGACUCCAUAUCUGGGUUCUUCGGUAAGAGUGUGGGACCCAUAUCAUGUUUUAUCACAGAGCCAUUUUGUUCCUCCUGCUGGGAAUCAUCAUUCUUUGAACACAAGUGCCUUGCAUCAUCAUCAUAAUGGCAGUGAUGAGUUUGAUGGGUUUGAGGAUGAGUUGGGUGUAGAGGUGUACCUGAUUCACCAUGCAGAGAGCACCAUGGAUGAGAAACCGGAUUUGAUAGGUGGCAGGUGCCCUUCUGCAAUUUUGACACCCAAUGGGAAGAGGCAGGCCAGGGCCCUGGCUGUGUUUUUGAAUUCACAAGGGCUUAGGUUUGAUGAGGUGUAUUCUUCCCCUCUGGAACGUGCAAAACACACCGCAUUGUUUGUCUGCCAGGAGAUGGACAUUUUGGAAGAGAAGAUACAAUGCUCUGAUGGGCUGAUAGAAAUGAGCCAAGGUCAAUGGGAAGGUUGCCAUUUUUCAGAUAUUUACACCCCUGAAGUUGUCAAUAUUAUCAACAGAUCUCAGCCUGACUUCUGUGCACCAGGUGGGGAGUCUGAACGACAAGUUGAGUUCCGUAUGGUAGAAUUUUUGAAUAAUAAAGUGCUGCAGAGGUCUGUGAAGUCAACACAGAUGGGCUUUGCACGGUAUCAGAAUAAUACCAAGGUAUAUGGCAGUCACAACUCUUUGAUGCAGGUUCAUCCAAUUGAAGAUGGGGAUGGAACAACUGUUUCACAGUGGGAAUUGUUUAAUGGACAGAAACAACUGGCAAAAAGAAAGUCUGGUAAAAGCAGGCUGCAAUUUGUAACAACAGGAGACAAUGAGACAGAAGAUGAGUUGUCUCCUGAAGAUAGCAACAUUCAUAGGCAAGUACAGGAAAAAUCCAGAAGGCAUUCUGAAUGUGUGGGCAUUUUCACACAUGAAAUGGCCAUUAAGUGUCUUCUGACAGGUCUUCUGGGGUCUAAUCCACUAAUGAUCCAACGUAUUUGUAUAGACAACUCCUCCAUGACUGUUCUACGGCAUUCUUCAAAAACAGGAUGGAAGAUUGAGAGGAUCAAUGAUACUGCUCAUUUGAGGCUUCUGUAUGAGAAAUUGUUUCCUCAUUGAUAUUUUCUAUUCUCUUCUAAAAGAUGAAUAACUUUUGAUGGUAUGCCAAUUCUUUGUCCGAUUGAUAUGACUCCCAUGGGAUUAAUGCUAAUCUAUCAAUUAUACAAGAGAGAAAGUUGUCCUUGGUAUGUCAUAUCUUUGAUAUUGUCUAGAGUUGGAAACAAUGGCUUUGACAUCAGUUGGCUGAUCUAUACAUCAUUUUCCAGUAUGUGAUAAUGUUGAUCCAAUUAUGCUGGUUUCUUCGGUAUUAAAAAAUGAUUACAAAGGUUUGGAAUGGUUGAAGCAUAUUAGAUAUUAUUAUUUAAGACGAUAUCAUCCACUUGAUGCUCAAGGUUGCUGUCAGAUUAUGAUAUUAUGGAUUAUUUUAUGGGCCCUCAAAUUGAGGCAUUUUCAUCGAGAAAUUUUUAUUUCUAUCUUAUUUCCAUGCAUGACAUUUCUGCAUGAUCUAGAAAUUUUUGUAUCUGAUCAUUAAUGAUCUUAGACAAUUUUUUUAUCAUUAAUAUUUUUCUAACUUGUAAAAGAGAAUUUCUUAA